AUGUAUGAAUUGAGAAGACCAUUAUCUGAAAAGAAUUUAGGAAGGUACAUUCCAGAACAAACGAGACCAAGCUCAGCUAACUAGAUGAAAUAAUUAACUCAAAUGAAGAGUUCGACUUAAUUGAGCAAAUAAAAUUUUUAGUAUAAGGAUUAGAAGGAGAACAUGGAGAUUAGAUCUAAUUUAUAAGAGACUGCAAAUAAGAAGCCAAACACUAAAGAAAUCUUUGAAUAUAGAAAAUUAUAAGAUAAAUUAUCAUAUUUGGAGUAAAAGAUCAUAAAUAUCAAAACUCAUAUUGAUAAUAGUUAGAGGUAAACAAAGCAAGGAUUAGCAUCCAGGUUUUUUAAUACGAAAACCAAUGAUUAAUAAUAGCAAUAACAGGAAAACGUUAAUAAACCAAAAGUUAGCAAGAAUGAUCUUGAUUUGAACUCAAUGCAAAAUAAAUUGAAAUCAAGCACUUUGGUAAACGACCCAAGAAUCAUAUCAAAUGAUAAUCUCAAUAAAAAGCCUUCCUUAUCAACCUUUGUCACUUAAUAGAAAACAAGCUGCGAAGCGAGUAUCUAGAAAAUAAUCUAAAUUCAUCCUGAAUCAGCUAAAGGAAUGGCUUAGAAAAUAGCAUUUUCAAACAAUUAGAGAGAAAGAUCAACUAGGUCAGAAACUCAAUUUUUAUAUUAUAUUUCAUCAGUGAUAAGAUGCUAUAUGACACCAGAAAUCACAAAACCCAUAUAAUAGGUGAGAGAGCAUUUAGUUUAAUCAAUAUCAGCUGCUUCAUUUUCUAAGAUGAAGAAUUCCUAACAGUAUGAGGAGAAGAAAGUAAAUCUGCCACCUAUUUCAUUAAAAAAAACAAUAGUGUUUGAUUUAGAUGAAACGUUAAUUCAUUGUAAUGAGUCAUUAAAGGUACCUGGUGAUGUAAUAUUGCCUAUAAGAUUUCCGACUGGAGAUGUAAUUGAGGCAUCCAUUAACAUUAGACCUUAUGCUCAAUAGGUGUUAUAGACAUUGAGUAGACACUUUGAAUUGAUUGUAUUCACAGCUUCACAUUCUUGUUAUGCAAAUGUUGUGAUUGAUUAUUUGGAUCCAACAAAAUAAUGGAUAUCGCAUCGAUUCUUCAGAGAGAGUUGUGUAUAGACUGAAGAGGGAGCAUACGUGAAAGAUCUAAGAGUCAUUGGAAACAGACAGUUAUCGGAUCUGGUACUGAUAGAUAAUGCUGCAUAUUCAUUUUGUAUGCAGCAAUUAAAUGGUAUUCCGAUCCUGAAUUUCUAUGAUAAUAAAUCUGAUUAAGAAUUACUUUAUUUACAAAACUAUUUAAUGGCUAUGAAGUAUGCGAAGGACGUGAGACAAUUUAAUUAACAAUAUUUAAAAUUGGAUAGAUUUGGAGAGUUCAAGGAUCCAAUUUAGUUAUUAGAGACAUUGUUCAAAGAGUAUAUACCAUGA